AAUUUGGGACAUGGUCGUAGUUGGAUGUCCGUAUGUCCGUAGUUUAGUUUAGUUUAAUUUGUUUUAAUUUGGCUAAUUGUGUUUAUUAAUGAAAAGUGUGUAUUUGUUUGAAACUGAUUUAAACCUGGUAUUAAGCCAGGAGUGAAAUAAUUGCAAGAAUUUGUAUUGAGAAUUAUAAUAUUAAUUGUGGUUAGAUACUACUAUCUUCUUGGUCACAUGUCUAACAGCAAUAUAUGAAUCCGAGUGCAUCUUAAAUAUAAAUAACCACACCUUAUGAUAAAUGGAUUUUAUAUAAAUUAUUACUGAUUUCUUUCUGAAUGGAAAAAUGAUUUUUAAAGCGUGCAGAAGGAAUAGCGGAAAAAUCAAUUAAGGAAGCGUGAUGGUCUCAUAACCUAAAAUCAAUGGUUGAUAAUUUGAGGAAAAUUUGCCACAUUCUUUAAUACCAUCGGAAUACAGCAUACUGCACUGUGGGAUCUAUUAAAGGCUAUGUACAUAGCUGUAUCUGACUUACAUACACAUACCUGGAUUUACAUACAUCUAACUGGAAAUAAAAUUUAGUACUGGCUACCUGUAUAUACAAGAGGCCAUUUAAACAAAAAGAAGAAGAAGAUUGUCGUGAUGCGUGUGUCACCGCAUUUUAAAUAAAAAAGAACUUGUUUCAUUUCCUAACAGAAAAAUUUGUUUAAGUGAAUAAUAAAUAAAAUAAAAAAUGAAAGCAUUCUUAGAUUUUGUUGGUGAAAAUUUACGAUUUGAAAUAUUAAUAGUAAUAUGGACAAUAUCGUUAUGGGAGCUUUAUCUAUCUUUCCGGCAGAGGAAAUUAGUGAAAAAUUUAGAAACAGUACCAAGUUUAUUAGAUGGUAUAAUGACACAAGAAUUGUAUAGUAAAUCACGUCUUUAUACACUAGAUAAAAGUAAUCUUGGAAUUUUUAAAGCUGUAUUCGCAACCAUUUAUAAAACGAUUUUAAUACUUUCCUUUGCGUAUUAUCACGCUUGGGAAUGGAGUUUAAGAGUGAAUGAAUCAAUUGGUUUUGGUAGUAAAAAUGAUAUUUUAAACAGCUGUACAUGUAUGUUUUUAACGAGUAUGAUUUCAUUCUUUGUUGAACUGCCAAUAGAUGUUUACAGUACAUUUUGGAUUGAACAAAAACAUGGAUUUAACAAACAGACACCAAUUUUUUUCAUAAAAGAUAAAAUAAAACAAAUAAUAGUCACGCAAAUAUUCUCCUUAUUAAUAAUGAGUGGAGUAAUAUGGAUUAUUAAAAAUGGUGGCGAUUAUUUUGUCUUGUAUUUAUGGGCAUUCACAAUGGUUAUGAUAAUGGUAAUGAUGCUUAUUUAUCCAGAAUUUAUUGCGCCACUGUUUGAUAAAUAUUCACCACUUCCUGAGGGAGAAUUAAGAGAUAAAAUUGAAGCUCUUGCCUCAUCAUUGAAUUUUCCACUUUAUAAAUUAUUUAUUGUUGAAGGCUCUAAACGAUCAUCACACAGUAAUGCCUAUAUGUAUGGUUUUCAUAGGAAUAAAAGAAUUGUCCUUUUUGAUACUCUUGUUAAAGAAUACUAUAAACCUAGUGAUGAUGAGAAAAAUAAGGAUGAAGAUAAUCAAAAUCAUGGCUGUGAAAAUGAUGAAGUUGUUGCUGUUUUAGCGCACGAACUUGGUCACUGGAAAUACAAUCAUGUUUGGAAAAAUCUUCUUUUGGCUCAGAUAUCGAUUUUGAUUAAUUUCUAUGUUUUUAAUAUGCUUCUGCAUUAUCAUCCAAUGUAUAUUGCUUUUGGUUUUACUGAAUCGGAACCAAUUCUUAUUGGUCUCAUUAUCGUAUUGACCUACAUUUUAUUGCCAAUCAAUGAGCUCAUUGAUUUUGGACAAACUGUGUGUUCGCGAAUAUUUGAAUUUCAAGCGGACAAUUUUGCCAAAAAUUUGGGUUACACGGAGAAUUUAAAGAAGGCAUUGAUUAAAUUACAAACUGAUAAUUUAGGCUUCCCAGUGUUUGACAAAUUGUAUUCCAAUUGGCAUCAUAGUCAUCCGCCAAUUCUUGAAAGACUGGAAAACUUGAGCAAAAAAGAAGAUUAAGUGUGUGUGUCUGUUUCUAAAUGUGAUAAUAAGCAAGUAAUCUAAAUAAAAAAAAUACAGGUAUUUCCAAUUCUGUAAUAAUAAUAACUAAAAAGAACAUUUUUUUCAACUUCUUUAUUAUAAAUACUUUAAAAAGUUUUUUAAAAUAAUUUUUCACAAAUAUUUCUACAUUGUAAGAGAAUGACACAAAAACACUCGCAUUUCUUUUUGUUUUUUGUAUAAAUUUUUGCAUUAUACAAUUAUAGUCGUGUAGAAAUAAUAAUAAUAAUAAUAAAUUAUUAAAAAUUUAAAA